AGAGGAAGAAAAUAGCUGUGCUUUUGUUUCCCGUGCUCACGUCCCGUUCCCCCUGAUCUCCCUGGGAAAUUCACUUCAGUAUAUUUCUCCUUUCUCGUUACACUCAUGUGUCUCCCCUGUUUUGGGAGGAGGCUGAAACCGGACUGAACAAGAGGGAGGAGAAAAACCCAGGCAGAGAAAGAGAGGGAAAUCGCCUGUAGCCAGACUUUGCCUGCUUAUUCAGCGCUGAGUGCUGCACUGCGCCGUUUCCAGUUGUGGGAUGUUAAGAUUUGCCUUUGGCUGCACUUCUCCCCCUCACAUAAAGACUCUUUAGACAUUUUUAUGCUCAUUUUCUUGGAGGAGGAGGAGUGAGAGAGGGAGAGACUUGCCAGACUUAUUAGCCUGGAGCCUGAAUCACACACUCUCUCUCUCUGACACACACACUUGUACACUCCUCCAGCUCCGCGCUGCACCAAGGUAACAGUGAGUGGAUUUAGCUUUAGCCAUCUGGUCGGAGCGCAGAGAAAAAUCCUCUCUGCUGCACGGAGCGGAUAAGGACGAUGCAGCACUAACACACAAAGAGAACCAAAGAGUGAGAGACAGAACGACACAGACACUAACACAGGAUGGCCACCGCAGUGUUUCAGGUGUCUUCAUCUUGUGUUCCAGCAACAAACUAUGAGCUGGCACCAAGCAGUGACCAUCCUCUCAAACAUGUAGACACCAUGGGCUCAACAAAGUCUUCAAAGAGCAUGGAGUCACGGCGCAGACCAUCGAGGAGUGUGAGUCUGCUGCAGGCCCUGGAGGAGAACUAUGAGCUGGACCUGCUGUACAUCACAGAGAGGAUCAUCUCCGUGUCCUUCCCCAGCAGCGUGGAGGAGCAGAGCUACGCCGCCAACCUGCGGGAGGUCGCCUCCAUGUUGCGCUCCAAACACGGACACAACUACCUGCUCUUCAACCUCAGUGAGAAGCGUUAUGACAUCAGCCAACUUAAUCCAAAGGUGUUGGACUUUGGCUGGCCGGACCACCACGCUCCGGCUCUGGACAAAAUCUGCAGCAUCUGCAAAGCCAUGGACACGUGGCUGAGUGCAGACAGCCACAACGUGGUGGUGAUACACAACAAGGGCAACCGGGGCAGAACAGGAGUGGUGGUGGCCGCCUACAUGCAUUACAGCAACAUAUCUGCCAGUGCUGACCAGGCUCUGGACAGGUUUGCCAUGAAGCGCUUCUAUGAAGACAAAGUGCUUCCUGUGGGCCAGCCAUCCCAGAAAAGGUAUGUGGAGUACUUCAGUGGCUUGCUCUCUGGACAUAUCAAGAUCAACAACAAACCCCUGUUCCUUCACCAUGUGAUCCUGCACGGCAUCCCAAACUUCGAGUCCAAAGGAGGUUGUCGUCCUUUUCUCAAGAUCUACCAGGCCAUGCAGCCCGUGUACACAUCUGGGAUUUAUAAUGUUCUGGGUGACAGCCAGACCAGCAUCUGUAUCACCAUUGAACCCGGUCUUCUUCUGAAAGGUGACAUCUUGUUGAAGUGCUACCACAAGCGUUACCGCAGCCCGUGCCGAGACGUGAUAUUCCGGGUGCAGUUUCACACCUGCGCCGUGCACGACCUGGGGAUUGUGUUUGGAAAGGACGAGCUCGAUGAGACAUUUAAAGAUGAGAGGUUUCCAGAAUAUGGGAAAGUGGAGUUUAUUUUCUCCUUUGGACCAGAGAAAUUACAUGGUCCAGGUGUGGAUCAACUUGAAAACGGGCCGAGCGUCUCGGUUGACUACAACACUCAGGACCCUCUGAUCCGCUGGGACUCCUACGAAAACUUCAACCAGAACUGUGAGGACAACACAGACGAACUCAUCCACACUGAAGGACCCUUGGAUGGCAGCCUCUACGCCAAAGUUCGCAAAAAGGAGUCCGUGGAAGGAACAGUCACAGCGAAUGGCCUGCCACCAUCUGCGGUGGAACACGCCCUACCUGCGGUUGACCAUGCCUUGUCAGUGAGCAGCGACUCAGGAAACUCUACUGCCUCAAUCAAAACUGACCGAACUGAUGAAGCGGCAGCAGCUCCUCAGGCUUCCACAGUGAGCCAGACACACGUUCCUGUAGGAGAGGAGCUACCCUUGGUCCAUCAACAAGAACCACCUGCACAACAACCAAUCAGUCCCCAGGAGAAGCAGGAGCUCGAGCAGCUGCUGAGUGGCCUGGAGGGGCCCAUGCACCGACAGGGCUACCUGUCCCUGCCGGCUUCCACGGUUGGAGGCAUGCUUCACCUGGUGCCUGCCCAGGUCCAUGUCAACGGGCACGGUAGCAUUGACCGUGAGACAGACAUUUUGGACGAUGACAUGCCUACCAGUCAGGAGGGACACACUGUGGACAGUCUGGGGACGUUCUCCUCCACAGAUGGCAGGGUUACACCAGCUGAUCUUUACUACCAGCCUGAGCCAAUUGUCAAUGGCCAGGAGCAUGUGCCGUACCUGGAGCGCAGUGCCCCAGAAAAGCCUCUAGAAACUACCAUACCCCAAAAAUCCGCCACUCUGACCCAAAGUGAGUCCGCCCCAUCCUCGGGUUAUUACACGGCUAAGCAGAACGGCAAUGUGUUCCACUCUCAGUCGUUUGGAGCAGAGCAAAACUCUUUGCCUCAAGCUCCAGCCCGCACCACCAGUAGCAGGGAUGCCGUCCAGCGCGGGCUCAACGUUUGGCAGCAGUUUGGUGUAACGGAGGAGCCCGUUACUGAAGGACUCACCUUCAGUCAACCUCCUUCUACAGUGGUGAUGUCCAGCCACCACAGCCUCCCACAAUUCCCUAACCACCAGAGCGCUUCCCAGCAUGAAAUUGAGGAAUCUAUUGAAACCCUUAAUCUCCUCAUGAUGGACCUGCAACCAGGCCGUACGCUGGUGCCAAAGUCCCAAAGUGCUCCACUGCAGGAAAACUGUGUUGUAGUGACCACCCAGCCGUCCUUCUCCCAGAGCCAACCCAGGCCCUCCACACAGGCUGACUCAGCCAUUCAUAGCCACUUUUCUGGCCCCAUGUCCAGCCUGGCCAGCCACUCGUCCCCGGGUCAGAUGUCCCCUGGGAAGCCGAGGACGCCGGAGCCUGCUCCUGUCCAGGGAUCUCUGAGUUACUCAUCUGAAAGGGAUGUAACAAGUCCUCCCUCACUAGCCUACCCCACUGUAGCUGGUCACAUCCAGCUCAAGCCCAUCAGCAACUAUCCACCAAGCACACUGUCCCAGUCUGCGGAGGUCACUGAGCCCCAGAGGAGCCCCAGUGCCGCCUCAGCAUCACCCCAGCCAACAGACAGUGAGCAGGAUCAAGUUUUCAACGUUGAAGGUCUGGUGGCCCAAAGAGUGGCAGAGUACUCGGCUCGUGUCCAAAGUGUCAUCCCCAGCAUGACCUCUCCUCAGUCUGAGCACCGCCGCUCUCACUCCUUCUCGGGAGUCCAGGCCCGUACGGUGUCUGUAGACGAGCCUGCCACCCUGCCCCGCCAACGCAACACCAGCGAGGGCCACUACCACAACGGCCCUGAUGAAGACCCCUCCCCCGACGUCCCGCUGCGGUCCCCCGUCCGCUGUGUUUCUCCUGAGUUUGUCAACGCCUUAGCGAUGAACCCCGGAGGACGACCCAAGGAGAGACACAUGCACAGCUACCGCGAGGCCUUCGAAGAGAUGGACGGUGGCCCCAUCAGUCCUACACCCUUUGUUGGUGGUGAGGUGUUUCCCCAAACCCCUGCCUUCCCCAUCUCACCGCAAACCCCUUACUUCAACCUGUGUCGGUCCCCUCCUGGUCUCGCCAAAACUCCUCUGUCCGCGCUGGGCUUGAAGCCCCACAACCCUGCAGACAUCCUCCUCCAUCAAACAGGCUCAGCACCAAGAAGCUAUGUGGAGUCUGUGGCGAUGUCGGCAUCAACAGGCGGGGAGCAGCCGUCACCUCGGAGCCUCAGCCCCCCCGGAGAGGCUGCAGCCCAGCAGAGAAGCCCCUCCUCCCACUCACUGAACCCCCCUCUGUCCAGCAGCAGCCCCAUCCAGAUCUCACAGAGUGAUCACCUCUUAGUAGAGAGCAGCGUUAGCACUCCGUCCUACCCCACUACUGAUUCCGGCUUCCGCUCCCAGGCUACAGAGAGCGCCAACCCCACUCCCACCCCCUCAUACCAAACCCCCACCUCUUCCUACCUGAAUUCCAGCUCUCCGACCUCUUCCUACCUUGGCACUGCAACCCCUACACAAUCCUACCAUGGCGCCAACACCCUACUGGGGAGCUACGUGUCCUCAGACCCCAGCCCCCCCGCCUCAGAACCCUCCCUCAGCCAUGGAAGCCCCCAUGCACAGCACCGGAACGUCCUCAUUGGCUCCCCUUACAACCCCCUCCUCCAGCAGCACUCAUAUCCUUAUCAGGACGCUUCCAUCGUAGUCCAGCAAACAUCCCCGGCUAACGGCUUCGAUGUGGGGAUGGUGGGCCUCAGUGGAAGUCCCGUCCUGGGGGGUCGUCUGACGCAGGGGGCUCAGAGCAGCCCGGUCCUCAGCAGACAGGCCUCGUUGGGUCAGGGGUCCCAGCGGAGCCCGGUCCUCAGUAGACAGCCGUCCCUUGGCCAACCCAUGCAAGGUAGCCCCGUGCUAAGUCGACAACCAUCCAUCACCCAAGGGAGUCCAAUUUUGGGGCGUCACCCGUCUGUAUCGCAGGUCUCCCAGAGGAGCCCCAGUCUGGACCGUCACCCCAUGCACAGCGGGUACACCACCCCAGAUGAGAGGCACGGGAACCUGUCACGGCAAAGCAGCUCCUCGGGGUACCAGGGACCGCCCACGCCUUCUUUCCCAAUCUCGCCCGCAGGCUACCAGGAGGGGGGCAUGAUGGGGAUGGGGGUAGGGUUCCGGCAGGGCAGCCCAGCUCCAGGGUUCCAGCCCCAGCUUCCGGAGAAGCGGCGCAUGUCGAGCGGCGACAGACCCAACGGAGCGCAGUCCUACGGCACGCUGAAUGGGAAGAUAAUGUCCCCAAUGAGUGGAGGAAACAAUCCCGGCUACUUCCACACCCUCUCUGACUUCUCGAGGUUCAACAUGCCCGAUGGCAGUCCCGAGAGCAGCCUGAAUGUCAAGUUUGUCCAAGACACGUCCAAGUACUGGUACAAGCCAGACAUUUCCAGGGAGCAAGCGAUUUGCCUGCUGAGAGAGAGGGAGCCAGGAGCCUUCGUUAUUCGGGACAGUCACUCGUUCAGGGGGGCUUACGGCUUGGCCAUGAAGGUGGCCUCCCCUCCCCCCACAGUGCAUCAGAACAAGAAAGGUGACGUCAACAACGAGCUGGUCAGACACUUCCUGAUUGAGAGCAGCCCUAAAGGAGUGAAGCUGAAGGGUUGUCCCAACGAGCCGUACUUUGGCUGUCUGUCUGCCCUGGUCUACCAGCAUGCCAUCACACCGCUGGCCCUACCCUGCAAACUACUUAUCCCAACCACAGAUCUCCUUGAGGAGGUGCCAGAAGUCGCCGCACCGAAUCCUCUGGCUGAGAGGCUGAAACAAGGAGCAGUGCAGAGGGCCCCUGCUGAUGCCCAUGCAUGCAAUGUACUCUACAUCAACUCAGUGGACAUGGAGUCCCUGACAGGCCCUCAGGCUGUUGCCAAGGCCAUAUCUGAGACACUGGCUGCCACCUCCCCAGCUGCUGCCACCGUGGUGCACUUCAAGGUGUCUUCACAAGGCAUCACGCUGACCGACAACCAGAGGAAGCUUUUCUUCCGACGCCACUAUCCUACCAACACUGUCACGUUCUGCGAUACUGACCCUCAGGACAGGAAGUGGAACAAGCCUGAAGGCGGCACAGCUAAGCUGUUUGGGUUCGUGGCGCGUAAGCAGGGAAGCACGACGGACAACGUGAGCCACCUCUUCGCCGAGAUGGACCCCGACCAGCCCGCCAACGCCAUCGUCAACUUCGUCUCUAAGAUGAUCGCCGUGCAGAAACGAUGAUCGCCGUCAACAAACCCUGCCGCUUUUUUAUUUCAAUGCCUUUUUUUAAUGUCCUUUAAACCACAGACACUUACUUUCAGUUUUUGGACGAUUUGAUUUUUACGCGUCACCUUAUUUUUCCCGCCCUUUUUACAUUUACAUGUGUCUGUGCGUGAAAGAGAACAAGACGGAGUGUGUGUGUGUGUGUGUGUGUGUGUGUGUGUGUGUGUGUGUGUGUGUGUGUGUGUGUGUGUGUGUGUGUGUGUGUGUGUGUGUGCGUGUGCGUGUGUCUUGCGUGCAUUUGUGCUUUUCUUCUUGGACGGACUCCAGAAUGGAUCAGAGGAAGUGCAGGAUGGGGCGUGGCUGUGUGACAAUGGGGGGGUGAUUUUCGAUCGCCCUGGCAGGGUAAUGCAUGAACAGGAAGGGGGAAUGACGUAGAGUGUGCAAAUGUUAUCUUGUUAGCAAUUGUUUCAUUUUUAUUUUUUUAAAGAAGAAGUCAAGUUGUGCGAUGAAAAGGUGGAUUGUAAAUCUAUCAGGCUUUCCGACUGGUCAACCAAAGAUUUAAAAAAAGAAGUAGUCGGGGCGCGUUUAGUGCGCCGCUGUCGGAGGGUCGGAAGUAUUCUUUUGUAAAACAAAUGUGGCUGCUUAAUCAAAAAAUACUGUUUCUUUCUGUAUGUACUGAUACUGUAGGUCAAUUCCGCACCUGUGCCAUGGCGCAAGAAUUGUCUCCGGACAUUUCCGCAGCCGGUCAGGUGUUUGUAAAUAAUCUAGAUUGCUUUAUGAGUAGGACUGUUCUAGAAGACAUGUGGUGCCUGCCUUUCUUCUGUAAUGCAGAGCUUUUUAAGAAGAAAAAACCGUAAAGGCUGUCUUAAGUAUGCAAAUAGCAAAACUUGGAAACUAGGUGAUUCUUCAGAAUUCCACCUUUUCAAUGUAGUAGUGCGCUGACAGAGGUUAUUCCUUGGAAUUUUGAAAGCUAAAAAAAUGAUUUUCUUGCAAAUCUACGCAAAUUCUCUGGAUUUUUGGGGGAUAAACAUCCUGUCUGCCACCAUUCUAUGUUCAGUCACACUAUUUUUCGCGCAUUACUGAAGGGCCUAACGUUGUUCCGUGACAAACUUUAUAGAAAAGUGUUGCUAUACUGCUCUUCAGUUUUUCCGGUUAUUCCGUCAAUAGCUCUUUCGCAUCAGCCGGCCAAAACUGUUAACACCCUACCCAAAAGUAAGCUAUACAUAUAAAUAUACAUAUAUAGAUAUAUAUAAAAAACUUCCAAACAGUGACUUAAGAUAUUUAUUUUUAUGCUUUGUUGCUCUAUGUUAUCUUGUAUACAUGUAUUAUAAAGUAUACACCAAGAUUACUGAAAGCGAGAAGAAAAGAUAUUUUCUCUUCUAUUAUUUUUGGCAAGUGCAUUGACAUAUAUAUAAGGUGUAAAGUGUGUGCAUUUCAACUGUUGUUGUUUUUUAUGUUUUUAUCACAGCAUUUCUUUCUUUUGUUAACAUUUUGUGGGGAGGCUUUGUUUAUGAGGGGGGGUAUUUUGUAUGAAAGAUUUCUGCUACUAAAGUCCAAAUUGGAGUUAUUCUAAAGCCAACACAAUUGUUUUAUUAACUUAAACCUGCCUAGAAUACAUUGUCAAUCAAUCAAUCAAUGUUUAUUUAUAUAGCCCAAUAUCACAAAUGUUACAUUUGUCUCAGUGGACUUCACAGUUUGUACAGAAUAUCAGUAUGACAAUGUCCAAGAUUAGCACUUAAAUGUUGAAGUAUUAUCAUUGUGUUUCUACUUGUCAAAAGAGGAGAAAAUGGACAUUAAUGGAACCCUUUCAUGUCAUUAUUGCAUGUUACUACUUCCUGUAGUCAUGUUGUAGUUUCUCCUCAGCAUGGGUCUGGAGCUUGUUCCUGGAACACUAGUCGGAUCAGUCAGUAGCUGCUGCCCUCAUGUGGUCAGGAGACAUCAUUACAAAAGGAACCACUUUAAUUUCUAACAGUGUUUUAGCUGUGGCACGUCAAAGGGUAAAUUCAACACUGAGAAAAUGAGCUUUGAUUUUCACAUUGAUUAAUUUGGCCUUUUCCUUAUCAUACAAUUUUAUUUUGGCAUUUUGAAAUGUGAAACCUUAAGAUUUUAUUCCUGGUUGUUUUGGCGACACCCUAUUUACUGGUGGUAACAGCUAAUUUGUAUUAAAACUACAAGUCCCAGAAUACCGAGGGCAGCAAUACAAUUAAUAAAGUUAUUCAUUGAUUAUGAAGUCAAUACAGACAUCCAGUUCACAAUACUGCAAACAUAUGGAUUUUGCAAAACCAUACACUCAGUCACCAUUGUGUUACUUUAUUUGGCAAUAGAUAGUAACUCUUCAGACAUUAAGAGAUUAUGACUCCUUCCUUUUCUGAUGCUCUUAUAUCAGUUGGCAGCAUGAUGUAAUGAAUUACCAUGGGGGCCUACUAGUAAAGAAAAGAAUACAGCACUUAAAGGGCUUUUAUAUCUGACUAGAUUGUUCCAUUAUUUAUUAGCAAGAGCCUGCAUGCUCAAAUACUAUUGUUAGCUUAGUGCUGCUGACUGUAAUCUGUACACAGCAUCCUCAAGUCUUACCGGCCCUUUAAGAUCCACACAGACAGAUAUCAGCAGGAUUUUCAUUUUGACAACUGUGUCUUGACAGAAGAAUCGUUAUUUUUGCCUGAAAAGAGGACGUCCUCUACUUCAAACUGAAUGUUCUCCAUGUGUUUGUCGGGAUGGAAGCUCCAGUGGCUCCCCCACUCUGACAGAUAAUGUGGACUGUAGAAUGUGUGUGAAUGAGCUACUAUGCCUGUAUAGAGCGCUGUCAUUUUUUGGUUUGCUACAUUGUAUGGCUUUUACUAUUUCUGAUGGAAGAAAACACAUUAAAAAAAAAAGCAGUACAAAUCAA